AUGUGUACAUCCCGAGGGAACGAAAGAACUGUGCAACUCUACUCCGAGAUGAAAAAGGGGCGAGACAAAAACAGUUAUAUGACCAGAAAGAGACGUCUUGACCUGCUGAGAAACCUGAUUGAGGCCUAUGACGCACGGAGCUUCAACGGACUAAGUCUAGCACUAACCUACGACGAAAGGGACUACAUAUAUGGUGAAUAUGGACCGCAGUGGAGAGAGACGGCGGAACACUGUAUAUCCAACUACAUGAUGAGAAUCCUUACCGAACAACAAACCUCGCGUUUUGAGGAUCAUAAACCAACAAACAGUCACAAUCGCGACUGUCAACACCCGAAAGACACCAGGGACGGAGAACACAGGCUAGAUCUAUUGUUUUACGUCAACAAAAUCAAUAAGCAAGACUUCUUAUGCAACCUGGCCCGCAUAAUGAACAAAGACAUACACUGA